AUGCCUCCCGACUGCCAUAUGUCACCAUUCAUUAAAACUAUGGUCGAGAAGCAAAAGUAAGUAAAAUUAGGCUUUACCAAAGACUUUUCCAUAGACUGCGAACGUAACGGAAACAAUUAUCGAAGCUUUUGUUGCAUAUCAAUACUUUUCUUUGAGUCUAUAGAACACUAGCUGAUGAAGUAUUAGAGAAAAAGAUCGUAAUACUGUUCAUGUUAGAGUAGGCAAAUAUCGAAACGCAUACACAGUCGAAAAGGAUAUCUUCUACCAACAUUCGCCAUACCUUGGAGAAGCUUGCGACCGCUAUUCAGAAGGACUUGAGCGUGCAACUAUAGAAUUUGCUAAGACGAAUGAUAAUACUUUCAAGCUCUUCAGAGAUUGGCUUUACAAGCAAGAGCUUGGCAGCGCCCAUGAGGAAAUUGCUGAAUGGAGAGCCGAAAAGGCGAAAAAUAGCAAAGGGUCUGACCUUGACAACAAAAGCGAUGAGGGACCAAUAAUAGACUUCGAUGAAUCUAAAGGAAAUGACGACUUGGUGAAAACAGCAACUCGAAUGGAAACAUGGUUUUAGAAACGAAAAGUGGCGAUCUUGACGACAGAGGUAAUGUAGCACUUACAAACUUUUGUUUUCCUCAUAUGGCUGCGCUUCUAGAUCUUUACCUAUUUGCCGAUAUGGCUCGUGUGCCAGCUUUGAAGAACCAGUGUAUAAAAAAGUACUAUGAGUUUACAAAAGCGACCGGAUACAUCACAACUUCAUGGCUUUCCUACAUGUGGAAGUACACAACCAAAACUAUGUUAAUGCAUAAAUUCCUCCUCGACUUACUCACAUGGGAGAUGCCUCCUUCAUUACUUGAAACGAACUCGAAAGACUUUCCUGAAGAAUUGAGACUUGAACUUUUAGUCAACAUGGGAUACGUCAUUCAGAUAGCCCGCCAUGGAUCAUCCGCAUUGGAAAAUAGUAAUCCUUUGAGAGAUUUGUCCAAUUACUAUGAAAAGAUUGAUUGA